AUGACGACUUCGCAUUCACCACGGCUGAACCCGCGCAACAAAGCAAGACGGCGGUUUUCUGCGAGUGCGACGGGAUGGACGCCGAGCUCCCCCAAACCACUCGCAUCUGCGCCACUGUUUAGGCCCAAUAAACAGAGAAGGGUGUCGAUGAGCCCUCCGACGAGGACAGCACUGGCCCAUGGCCACAGGCCCUACACUGACACAUCGGACUACGAGGACGACCACCAUGACAUCCGAGAAGAACUAGACUGGCUGCGUAGGGCGCGUUCGACGUCGCCAAAGCCCUUGAUAUUUGACGACGAGCCACGACAGGCUGCAUACUCGUCGUUGCCACCCACACCUAUCCUCCCUUCACACCCAUACGAGCCGCCAACGCCAGUUUCUCCCCUGUCUUCUGCGUUUGGGACACCUGAACCGCCAACGAAGGUCGAACGCCAGGAUAUACCGUUUUCGCUAUGGGAUUAUCUUCGAGAAGAGCUCCUUGCGACAGACUUUGACUCGCAUCAAGAACAGAAAUGGGAACGGGUGAGCAAUUUCUUGAGUAUGCCUUUGGCAAUGGAAAAGAUCAUCGGAUUUGGCGUUAUCGUGUGCUUCGACUCAUUCCUCUACACAUUCACCAUCCUACCCAUUCGGUUCUUCCUGGCAUUCCUGCGCUUCAUUGGAAAUAUGCUCCGGAUAUCAUCACCACCCUUACCGCCUUCACAAAAAGCAGACCUCUUGCGAGGACUUUUGCUGAUCAUCUCCUUGCUUAUCUUGAACCCACUGACGGACGCCAGCAAAAUCUACCAUACGAUUCGUGGACAGGACACGAUCAAGCUGUAUGUUAUUUUCAAUGCUCUGGAGAUUGCAGAUCGGUUAUGUGCGUCUAUUGGCCAAGACGUCCUCGACUGCCUGUUUUCGAGGUCAACACUGGAGCCUUUGACCCACCGGAUACCUGUGACUACCCAAACCUUGCGGCCGAUAUUCUUCUUCUUCCUCGCGACAAUAUAUAAUGUCGCGCAUGGCCUCGUCAUGGUCUACCAACUCAUCGCACUGAAUGUCGCCAUCAACUCCUAUGACCACGCCCUCCUCACACUGCUGGUGUCUAAUCAAUUUGUGGAAAUCAAAGGGAGUGUUUUUAAGAAAUUCGAAAAGGAUAACCUGUUCCAAAUAACAUGCGCAGACAUUGUUGAGAGGUUCACGCUUUCUCUGAUGUUGCUUAUUGUCGCGCUGCGCAAUCUCAUGGAACUGCGGGGGACUGACUUUGAAGCGUCGGAGGGCUUCGUCCUUCCGAAGAGUUUCGGAUGGUUCAGAGGAAACAAUAUCCUGUGGACAAUCUCUUAUCCCGUGGUUAUGGUACUCGGCUGCGAGAUGGUCGUUGAUUGGUUGAAACACGCUUUCAUCACCAAGUUCAACCACAUCCGCCCAUCUGUGUACGAACGUUAUACAGAUGUACUCUGCCUAGAUCUUUCUAGCGGCAGUGCUGUCGGUCGCCGUCGAACACGGAAGCACUCCUAUGUCGACCAAUCUCCUUUAGUUGCCAGGCGACUGGGCUUUGCCUCUCUUCCCCUUGCGGCCCUGUUCAUUCUCGUGGGCUCACAAUCGCUAAGCGGGGUUUUCUCGUCUGCCUUCUCCGAAUUUACGUACCCUUGGACGUGGUCACUACGAACACUAUCUCAAGACGACUUCAUUUAUUACCUCACGUGGGCCACGAUAGGCUUGCUGUUCUGGCUGUGUUUCGUGUGCAUUAAGAUCAUCGUCGGGAUAAAUCUUAUCAGCUUUGCAACUCGAAGAAGAGCUGGGAUGGAGGCGCGAGAGGCAGCAGAUGUAGUGAACGACUUUGGGCGCGACCCUAUAGGAGAGGGCAAGGAGGAGCGGAAAUAUAACAAAGAGCUGAAGUCGAUUCUUGACAACGACGCCGACGACGUUCCUCGUGCUUCAGACAUCGGCGAAAACAAGCCAGGAGAUGACAGGAGCAAGAAACGACGAUUACGAUUAGAAGAAUUGACCAGAUAUACUAUGGUAAAGCGGAUAUGGUAG